AUGGCUUCUCAAAGAUGUAUUCCCUUAAUUUUAUGGCUCUUCAUUAGUUUAAGCCUUGGCUCUGCUCAUAGAGUCCUCCUGGAACCCACAAAAGCCGAGAAACCAGAAAACACCCAAAACCCCAAUGGAGUGACAAAACCGUCUAGCGGUGGUGGAGGCUUUGGUUGGGGUUGGGGAAGCGAUGGCAAUAACAACGGAGGAGGCGGUGGUGGAGGAGGAGGCGGAGGCGGAGGUGGAGGAGGUGGUGGUGGAGGUGGCGGCAGCUAUGGUAGCUCUUGUGGAAGUGGAAAUUGUAACCAACCAGGAAUUCCAGGGUAUAUUCCCCCUGGAAUUGGUGUUCCUUGUGGAGGAGGCGGAGGUGGUGGAGGAGGCGGCGGCUACGGUGGCUCUUGUGGAAGUGGAAAUUGUAACCAACCAGGAACUCCGGGGUGGAUUCACACCCCUGGAAUUGGUGUUCCUGGUGGAGUAUGCAAUUGCCCAACUCCACCAAUCCAAUAUCCUUGCCCUUAUGGAUGUCAGCCACCAGGUUUUGGCUGUAUUGUUGGGAAUGCAAAGCAGACUGACAAGGAAAAGCAAGAUGGUGGUGAUCAAGAAAAUGGAAACAGGGAGGAACAAGUGUCACCCAAUUUUGAGAAACAUGACUAA